AUGCAGCCUUAUCUUCCUAUCUUUAGGCCUACAAUGGAAGUGAUUUUGGAUCAGGUGCGAUCGAUGGACCCCGUGAAAAAGUAGCUCAGGCCGAAUAUCUUCUACAGUAACAGCAUUACGGACCCCUAACGGGAUAUUCCAUUUUGUGCACAGGUUAUCUAGUUAUGCAAACAAUUUCCAAUUUGCUGCUAUUAUCGAAACGAACUGUAAACAAUGAUUCAAAAUAUUCAGGACGUUCGUGGCUAUGAUUGAUUUUAGCUGGGCCCUAUGCUACAAUGUUGCUUGGAGACAUGGGAGCUGACAUCAUCAAAGUUGAAAAGCCAGGGUGUGGGGAUGAUACAAGAAGCUGGGGUCCGCCAUUUGUUCAGAAAGAGAGCUGCUAUUUCAUGUCCGUAAACCGUAACAAACGAAGCAUUGCAGUGGAUAUUAAACAGCCUAAAGGUGUGGCUAUCAUUAGAGAAUUAGCAAAAAAUAGUGAUGUUAUGAUUGAAAACUUCGUGCCUGGUGGCCUUGAUAAGCUGGGCUUGGGUUACGAGGAUAUGAAGAAAAUUGCACCCUCACUCAUCUAUUGCUCAAUCACAGGAUAUGGCUCUGAUGGUCCUUUAGCUAAGAGGGCAGGAUACGAUGUUGUGGCUGCCGCAAUGGGAGGAUUACUUCACAUCACUGGCAACGAGGAUGGAGAUCCAGUGAGAGUUGGAGUGGCUAUGACUGACAUAUCAACCGGUCUUUAUGCCCAUGGCGCAAUAAUGGCAGCCAUUUUGCAACGUCAAAAAACAGGAGAAGGUCAAAAGAUUGACUGCAAUUUACUUUCAACUCAGGUAGCUGUUCUAUCCCAUAUAGGGAGCAAUUACCUGAUUGCAGGAAAAGAGGCCAAGAAGUGGGGUACUGGUCAUGAAAGUAUUGUUCCGUAUCAGGCUUUCAAGACAUCGGACGGUGCCUUUUUGGUGGUAGGUGGUGGUAAUGAUCAGCAGUUUUCUUCUGUCUGUAAGGUUCUAGGUAUGGAGCAUUUGUUAAAUGACUCAAGGUAUACAAGUAAUAGAGAUCGAGUUAAAAACAGACGACCCUUGAUAGCAACCCUUUCAAAAAGACUUUCGGAAAGAACAAUGGCAGAGUGGUUAGAGGCAUUUGAAGGUUCUGGUGUUCCCUAUGGUCCAGUGAACUCCAUGCAGGAAACAUUCACCAAUCCACAGGUCAUUCAUAAUGGAAUGGUGCAAGAGAUAGAGCAUCCUGUUGUUGGCAAAAUCAGGAUACCUGGUUCGGCUGUUAGAUUUAGUUCACAAUCAAUUCAAAAUUCUGAACCACCUCCGCUCUUAGGGCAACAUACAGGGCAGAUUCUGAAGGAAAUUCUUGACUACAGUGACUUUCAAAUAAAUCAACUUAAGGAGGAACAUAUUAUUGAAGAUGAAAACCUACCACAAGAAAGCUGUUGAUGACAUCCACGUCUAUGAUCCAGUCAAUCCAAUCAUGUCAGCUCUACAUCCCCAAGUCUACAUGAUAAAAAAAAUGAUAUUACAUGUUUAAUAUGCAAUAUUUGUGUGCUAAAAUUUGUCAUGGUGUAUAUACAAAACUGAAUGAAGUGUAUGAUGAUGAUGAUGAUGAUAACAAUAAUAAAGUAAUAUUCAUUUAUAAUGUUGGUAAUGUGAAAUUCGACCGUCCAUUAGUGUUAUUAGCAGAAUUUUAAAGGUAUGAACAUUAAAUCAAUUUUAUCAAAUUUGUAUAAUUUACUCGCAAUAACAGGUUUUAUUCUCGAAAAUUAAAAAAUAGAGUGCUAAAUAUUGAAUCACAAUGGCUUCUAUUACUUUUUUCUGAAUUUUUUUCAUACUAUCUUAAGUGGUAGUCUUUUUAAACAUUAAAAAUCCCAGUGCUUUGAAAUAUCUACUUCUAUAUCAAGGCAUUGAUAAUCUAAGGGGAAGUGUCAGUACGUAGUUCGAUACGCGGUAAACUCAGGGCACUAUGACAGGUGUGAGGGCACAGGUGUAUUAGUACAGAGGUGAUUUAUCUUGCAUUGAUACAUCAAAAUCAUCAAUGAGAUAUAAAAAUGUCAUACGAAAUUGAUACAAGUGACGAUUAAUUAUAUAAGUGCAAAGAGGUGGUGUUGUCUGGAUGGCAUCAAAGCGGUCUUGUGAUAUUGAAAUGAAAGAUACCUUAAGAUCAACAAUUAUAGGCCAAGUUGACAUUGUUUUUCAAAUAUAAUCGAGGAGAGCUACUUGGCGCAGUUGGGCACUUAGCUUUUUACUGGUGUCACUUUUGGGCACUUCAGAGGUGACGCAAAGUGGUUGAUCUAGUGCACAUCGUGACCGGUGCACGUUUUAAUGACACAAUACACUAUUGAUUUUGUAUUACAUUUUUCUGAGUUUUUUUCACCUCUCCUUAGAUUAUCAGUGACGUAAAUAGCCACUAUUGAUUUUAGUUUUUUAAAUUAUUUAUUUGAUCCCAAAAAAGCAGGAUAUUGUCUGUAACCUGCACUGGCUACCUAUUCGCCCACGUGUUAUCUUAAAAAAUCCUUUUAUUGUAUUUUAAGGCUCUUUGAUUCCAACAACCCUCUUAUAUCUCUGAAAUUCUGAACACCUGUGUUCCCAUACCGCCGUCUCCGCCCAGCAAAUAAGUUUCUUUUCACUUUGAAUUAAAAAUGUAUGACCAACGAACCUUUGCUUUUUGUGCCUCAUUUCUGUGAAACGACUUACCCUCCUUAGAUUCAUGUAAUAGUGCAGUUUGUACGGUUGUUAAAUUAUCUUUUUAUCUCCCCACAUUGAAUUAAAAAUGUAUGACCAACGA